GAGUUGUACUGAAGGAAAGCUCAAAGGGACAAUGCCAGCUUGGCUUUUCUGUUUUUUUAACUCUCCUAUCACUCAGCUGCACCGAAGCCCGACACCUCUGGCAGCCAGUGGUGAAGCAGUGAGAAGCUGGUUUUGUUGCUGUUCUUUUACGAGAGAAGCCUGGCUGCAUUAACUCUUAGGGAGACAAGCACCUAGACAUCUCGAACAAAGCCCAGUGAUGGAGGUCGGCUCCACAGAAGGCAGCAGCAGCCCCCAGGGAAGCACCGUCUGGCUGGAUCUCACCCUUGUCACCUGCACUGAAACGGUGACUUUCACUGAAGUGGUGGCAGAAGAGGAGUGGGGAUCCUUUUACUAUUCUUUUAAGACAGAGCAGCUGGUGACUCUGUGGAUUCUCUUUAUUGUCACUAUUGCUGGGAAUGCCAUUGUGCUCUUCUCUACCUGGAGGAGGAAGCGGAAAUCUCGAAUGACCUUCUUUGUUACACAGUUGGCAAUCACAGAUUCAUUCACGGGACUCAUAAACAUAAUGACUGACAUUAUUUGGCGCUACACUGGAGAUUUCAUGGCUCCUGAUAUCGUUUGCAGAGUCGUUCGCUACUUCCAGGUGGUCCUUCUAUAUGCCUCGACUUAUGUCCUCGUGUCGCUAAGCAUAGACCGGUAUCAUGCCAUAGUUUACCCAAUGAAGUUCUUACAAGGAGAAAGACAGGCAAAAGUUCUUAUUGGAGUGGCCUGGAGCCUCUCUUUCCUGUUUUCCAUACCAACUCUGAUUAUUUUUGGGAAACGGCAGCUCUCCAAUGGGGAAGUGCAGUGCUGGGCUCUCUGGCCCGAUGACUCCUACUGGAUACCCUACAUGACAGUGGUGGCUUUCCUGGUGUACUUCAUUCCUCUGAUCAUUAUCAGUGUCAUAUACUCAAUCGUGAUUCGAACCAUCUGGAUGAAGAGCAAAGCUCAGGCUGUCAUUAUAUCGACCUGCCCUGGUGGCAAAACCUCUGCUGGCUGCACCAGUCGUGGGUUCAUAUCCAAAGCAAAGGUUAAAGCGAUCAAAUACAGCAUCGUAAUUAUCCUUGCAUUUGUUCUCUGUUGGAGCCCUUACUUUCUUUUUGAUAUCCUGGACAACUUCAAGAUACUCCCUGAGACCAAAGAGCGCUUCUAUGCAUCUGUGAUCAUCCAGAACCUGCCAGCCUUGAACAGUGCCAUCAACCCCCUCAUCUAUUGCUUCUUCAGCAACCGCCUCUGCCCCCCUUUUGAGGAAAGAAGAACUCAAAGGCUGGGUGGAACUUCCCGGGAUAGGAGCAAUGGAGGGCAGGAGAUGCAGGUCCUGUCCAAACCAGAAUACAUCUAGCACAGACAAUGCUCUGCAAAGCCACACUGGGACCUGUACCGAGGAAAGCAGAAUUCCCCCUUGAGCCACUUGCAUCAGAGAUGGACAUUGAGUGACAAGAGCUUGCAUUGUGCUGCUCUUGAGCAGCACACAUAUUUGGGAUCACCAAUGCAGCUUCAUCAAUUGCAUGCUGCCAGUGCCAAACUCAGUGUGAGGGGUUUGCAUGCCGAUGUUGGGAAGGUUCAUCUUUGCCCUCUGUUUUUAAGCAAGCUGUAAUAUAUAUAUAUACACGUGUAUAUAUA